AUGGAAGACAAGAAAAUUCUAGUAACAGAAAGCAUUAUUAGAGAAUCUCUUCAAAUUGAGGACAGACCUAAGUACCCCAUGGAGAUUGACAUUCAACAAAUUGAGGAAAUUUUAGAGCAUAAGGGAUACGAAGGAAAUUUUCCUCCUACAAUCAAGAAGUUUCUUCCUCCAUGCUGGAAGCUUUUGGUUCAUGUGUUCGUGAGUUGCAUUUCGGGUCGGAGAUCAGGAGCAAACAAGAUUUCUCUAGCCAACACUGGUGCCAUUGCAGCAUUGGCAGCAGGUUUUGUGUUUAAUUUCUCAAAAUUCAUAAUGAAUGAAAUGAUACUAAAUCUUGAAGGGAGAAAAAGAGACAAAUUUUGUAUGUAUCCAAGAUUUUUACAAAUUAUCCUUAACGUAACUCACCCCGAGUUGCAGAGAGGAAAUGAUACUCUGGAUUUCAAAUCCAUUGGUCCAAGUGCCUUUGGACUAAUGAAGCAAAAGAGAGGCGGAAAGUUCGUAUUUGAAGGAAAAUUUCCAUUAAUAAAAUUUGCAAUUUUUAAAGAGGAUGUCAGAGAAGAAUCAGCAGAACAAUCCAUGCCAAUGGAAAAUGAAGAUAUUUCUCUCUCCCCCUCCGGGCCUAAAGUGGAGGAGAUUCAUCACUCUCCCACAGCUUAUGUAGCUGAUGAGCAUGAUAAUCAGAAAGCAAAUGAUUCAAAAGCUUCUCGAGAGGAUGAUGACGAUGAUCUUUAUGAAGAUGUGAAAUUUUUGAAAGAAAUCGACUUUAUAGGAAUCAAUGAUGACAUUCCAACAAACAUAGAAUUUGAUUUUGGUGAUGAAGAUUUUGUUCCUUUUCUUGACAUUCCCAGCAACCGUGUAAAUAAAGUCAAUGAAGUUGCUUCUUUACCAACUAAGACUAGAGAUGAAGGAAAUGUUCUCAAAAUUCUACUCUCUACCUCAAAGCCCUUGGAGGUCACAACAAGUCAAGGAGAUGUGACAUCAGAGAUUCUUCCGUCUGUGUCACUUGUCUCAACAUCAUCUCCAAUCAUUUCUGUCUUAUCUGAACCUUGGACUUCUCAGACUUCCAUAAGAACAAGCUAA